AACACGGAAGUGAACCUGGGAACUCACAUUUCUUUUUUUAAAAUCGAGAUAUUUUUUAUUUAUUAAUGUGUAAGUACAACUCGACAGUCAUAAAAAUAUAAGUUUUGGUGCUGAAAAGGAACAAAAUGGACAAUGUAUUAUCCUCGACUGGUGACAGUAAAUUGGACCAAGCCAUUAAUCAGUGGCUGCAGUUUGACAAGAACCCCCAGACAGUGGCGUUGGUGCAGGGCCUGGUGAAGGAGGGGGCGGUUGGGGAGCUGCGGAGGUGUUUUGGCUCCCGGAUGGAGUUUGGGACGGCUGGCCUCAGAGCUGCCAUGGGACCAGGGAUCUCCUGUAUGAACGACCUCACCAUCAUACAGACCACACAGGGGUUCUGUAAGUAUCUGGAGCAAUGUUUUGGGCAGUGUCUGAAGGAGCGGGGGGUGGUGGUAGGGUUUGAUGCCCGUGCCCACCCUCCCAGUGGAGGCAGCAGUAAACGUUUUGCCAGCCUGGCGGCCGCUGUGUUCGCCUACCAAGGGGUCCCUGUCCACCUGUUCUGUGACAUCACACCCACACCCUUCGUGCCCUUCGCUGUGUCUCAUCUGGGUCUGUGUGCUGGCAUCAUGGUAACCGCCUCCCACAACCCCAAACAGGACAACGGCUACAAGGUGUAUUGGGAGAACGGUGCCCAGAUCGUGCCGCCCCAUGAUAAGGGUAUCUCUGAAGCCAUCGAGGCUCACCUGGAGCCCUGGCCUGAGUCCUGGGACAUAACCUCUCUCUCUCACAGCCCUCUGCUGAACGACCCGUUCCAAGACAUUCACACAGAGUACUACCGGACCAUCCAACAGCACUGUCACCACAGGGAUAUCAACAAGAGUUCAGAGGUGAAGAUCGUGCACACCUCCGUGCAUGGAGUCGGACACGCCUUCGUCCAAUCAGCUUUCAAGGCCUUUGACCUCCGACCCCCGUAUGCCGUAGAGGAGCAGAAAGACCCGGACCCUGAGUUCCCCACCGUCAAAUACCCCAACCCUGAGGAGGGGAAGGGGGUCCUGACCCUGUCGUUUGCCCUGGCGGAGAGGGAGGGAGCAACUGUAGUUCUGGCCAACGAUCCUGACGCUGACCGCCUGGCCGUUGCUGAGCAACAGAAGGGUGGUCAGUGGCGUGUGUUCAGUGGUAAUGAGUUGGGGGCGUUGCUGGGUUGGUGGGUGUAUCAGUGUUGGAAACAGACCAACCCAGACCAGUCGACCGUGAAGUCUGUCUACAUGUUGGCCUCCACCGUCUCCUCUAAGAUUCUACGAGCCAUCGCUCUCAAGGAGGGCUUCCACUUUGAGGAAACUCUGACUGGGUUCAAGUGGAUGGGCAACAGAGCCAGAGAGCUGCUGGACCAGAACAAGAUGGUACUGUUCGCCUUCGAGGAGGCUAUAGGGUACAUGUGUGGUUCUGCCGUGCUGGAUAAGGAUGGUGUUAGUGCAGCAGCCAUCGCUGGGGAGAUGACAUCAUACCUGGCCUCGAAGAACACCACGCUGUCACGACAACUCACUGCUGUCUACGAGGAGUAUGGGUACCACAUCACUAAGAACUCCUACUUCAUCUGUCACGACCAGGAAGUGAUCCGAGCCAUGUUUGACCGGCUGCGUCACUACGGCAACCAGGAGGAUGUGUCGUACCCCAGGCAGUGUGGAGGCGUCGCCAUCACCGCUGUACGAGACCUCACUACUGGAUACGACAGCAGCCAGGCGGACAACAAGGCUGUCCUCCCCUCCUCCCCCAGUAGUCAGAUGAUCACGUUUAGUUUCUCUAACGGGGGCGUGGCCACCAUGAGGACCAGCGGAACGGAACCCAAGAUCAAGUACUACACUGAGCUGUGUGCUGCCCCCGGCAACAGUGAUGUUAAAGGUUUACAGAAGGAGUUAGAUGACCUGGUUAAUGCCAUCGUAGAGGACUUCUUCCAGCCCCAGAAGAAUAACCUGCUGUCCAAGCCUGAGUAACACACAUCAGUGGCUUGUAAACACAAAGACCCGCGCUGGUUUGACUUCCUGAUCAAGAUUCCCUUUCAGACAUUCUUCUUCCAGAACUCACACACAUUCUAGAACUCACACACAUUCUACAACUCACACACAUUCUACAACUCACACACAUUCUACAACUCACACACAUUCUACAACUCACACACAUUCUACAACUCACACACAUUCUACAACUCACACACAUUCUACAACUCACACACACACACACACACACACACACACACACAUUCUAGAAUGGGUGCGUUCCAGGCCGACUACCAAUGCUGUGUGAUUAAUGCUUUCUGAUUUUCUAUUUGGAUGACUUAUUAUCAUUUUAUUCAUUUAUUUUUACAUUAAAUGCCCUUUGUGUGUGUUGAAUGCUGUAACACUGAGCAAAACAACUAAUAAAAGUCCCAUGAUGGU